GCACCGCCCCGACAACAACUUCCACGUGGACUGAGAGCACACGCAUCACCAGGAGCAGCACGCAGACCAUCACCGGGAGCAGCACGCAGACCGUCACCAUCACCAGGAGCAGCACGCAGACCGUCACCAUCACCAGGAGCAGCACGGAGACCGUCACCAUCACCAGGAGCAGCACGACCAGAAGCACGACUGCGACAUCUACCACGACGAAAAGCACAAGGACCACAACUUGGACGCAGACCUGGACGUCGUCUACCACACGGACCCAGACAACGACAACCAGCACCACGUGCACUAGCUCCACGUCUUCGACAACAACCCGGACGUUCUCAAAAACAACUUCGACGACCACUAGCACUGGCACCCGCAGCACGACUGCGACCACGAGUGGUACCUCCACAGAGACAGGAGCUGUGACUUCCACUUCAAGCAGCUCAAGCCGCUCAA